AGUAUUAGUAACAUCUCAGGACAGGAAUAUCAAAUAAUGUGGAACCUUAGCAUUUUUCUAGUAAGUCUCAUCACCUUAACACAGUCAAGCAUUAUCCCGGAAGAAUCAUCAAGGAUUGGCAAUGGCUUUAAUGCACUACAACUGACUCCAAAAUGCUUCACAACUGUUCAUGUUGAAUUUCCAAACUCAGACGUGAACAGGAAGUGCGGUGGAUGUCUGAUUGGAGCCAAUAAAGUAAUAACAACUGGCAAUUGCGUUACUAAUGCACAAGAUGGAAAUGCAACAAGCAUCAAGCUGACAUUUGGAGGUGGAAGGCCUUUGAACGGUGUACGUGGAUAUGGAGUGACUAAAAUCUCAUUUGCACCAGGUUAUGACUACUUAACAAGGAACUCAACCAACAAUCUUGCUGUCCUCACACUCAACAAAACUGUAAGAUUUAAUCCUAAACUUGAUGCUGCUGUUCCUUACUAUAACAACACUCAAGAUGCCUUCCUCGAUCAACAAUUGCUCGUUUGUGGCUAUGGAUAUACAAAUAACCAUGAAAAGAGGCCGAAUUUACUUCAAUGUACUUAUUUGAAUGUAGUCGCUGGAACUGUAUGUAAUGCUGCAUUCACAACAGCAGCUCCUGGAACCACUACUACAGCUGCACCAACUACAACAGCACCUUUAACCACUACAGUUGCAGGAGCAACAACAACAGCAGCUGCAGCAACAACAACAGCAGCGGCAACUACAACAGCAGCUGCAGGAACCACAACAGUAGGACCAGUAACAAAUGGUCCAAUAAUCUGUACACAAAACCUCGAUGACUCAAAUGCCUGUCACGGAGAUCAAGGUUCACCAGUAUUUGUGCAAAUGGGCACUGAAUGGAGUCUGAUUGGUAUAGUGUCAGGUUUUGCAAAUUCUAGACCAAAUGCUGCAUGUUUGGAUGGUCAUAACACAAUUGUUCUUCAGCUUGGUGGAUUCAGCAGUUGGAUACCGACUGCAUAAGAUUGAUCAGAUUGGGCUAUAAAAACUGCAACUGAAAUUGACUUAUGAUGGAAUUUUUUUAGGUUUAAAUAAAAAUUGCAAGUAAAAUUAAAGUUUUUUUUACAUUUUUUAUAAUUUCAAAUUUUAUUUAAAUUUUUUUUUUCAUCAACUUAAAUUUAUUAAGUUCCUAAUAAUUUAACAAUGUAGUCUUUGUUGUUGAAUUGAGGCUUGGAAGAGCGUGAAAUGGAGACAUUUUUUUUAAAAUUAAAAUUUUAAACCCCCUUUUAGUCAAAAUACAAAUCAAGGAUGUUGUAAUCCAAGCUUAAACAUCAGCUAAUCAUUUGAUACUAAAAGUCGCUCAAUGUUAACAUGUAAUUAAAACUGCAAAGCUAUCUAUGAUCAUAUCAAAUUUAGAGCUUAAUUACAUUUCAUGCAUCUAAUAUGGUUAUGUGAGCCUUAAAUGCUGCACGGUUUUGUGAUUUAUGUAACAAUAAUAAACAAAUUAAGUUCACGAUUGAGCAAAUAUUGUUGAAAUUUAAUUCCUAUUUUUUAAAUGUAUCCGCUGAUACCCAUUUAGGCACUUAGACUAAAAUAUCACCCAGUCACCUUAUAAAUAAUACACAAAUUUAAUCUUACAUCCUCAUUUCUCUUUUUUUUCAUCAUUAAAUCCUAAAUCACCAACAUCAUCUUCAUCUUCAUCUGCUUCCUCCUCAUUCUCAUCAUCAUCAAGCUCUGGCAUAGGCAACAUACAUCCCUCGGUAGCCAUACGAACCAUAAAAUAAAUCACAAAUUGAACCAUCAUUUGGAUAAAGUCAAAUGGUUUUUGAAAGAAUGCUGCGACUUUUGACCCCCUUGACUGUUCUGCUUCGUCAUCGUCACAAAGUUCGUCUUCUACUUCGUGGAGGAGUUCCUCGACUAGAACUGGUUCUCGUUGAUUGAUCAUUUUUUGGAUGUGUUAUUUUUGAUUUUAUCUGCUUUUUUUUGGAGAAUUUUUAAAAAAAUGAGAAAUUAAUUUUUAUAAAGUUUUAAGAAAUGUUAAAAAAAUUUGAAAAAAUGUAAAAAAAAUUAAGUUCAGUUUGGAAUUCGACAACAUCUACAAUGAAUUAUUAGACAUUACUAUCAAAAAAAUAUUAAACUCAAAAUGUUCUCAGGCAAAAAAUUCGCAACAAACAAAACCAAAAGCAGCUGCCGCUAUUUUAAACUUGAAUGUGUCUUCAAUAAAGUGCUGACGUUAGUUACAGUCUCACCAUUGAAUCGUAAAGAAUUGACUCAAGGUCAAUUGUUAACGUAAAAAGACUUGAAAAUUGUUUAGAAGUUGAAGAAGAAGUAAAAAAGUCAUUAAUUGCGAAAUUAAGUGUCGUUUGCUUUGUUUUUGACUCUGCUAAUUGUUUUGUAAAUUUUAAUUGCUUUCUUUUGUGUAAUUUGAUUUGUGAUUUUUUACAUUUUUGGAACUUUUUUGAUUUUCAACAAUUUUUUUUCAUUUUCAUUCAUUUUUCAAUUAAAUUUUUAAUUAUAUUUUGAUUUUUUUGAUUUUUAAUUUUUGUUUUUAAUUUUUUUGAAUUUUUCCAUUUUUCAAAUUUUUAAUAUUUUUUUAAAUUAUGAAAUUUUUUAAUUGUUUUUUGAACUUUUUAUAUUAUUAAUUUAUAUUUUUUUCUUCAAUUUUUCAAUUUUUUUAUCUUUCAUUAUUUUUUUUAAAUUUCCCAAUUUUUAAACUUUUUAAAAUUCAUUUAAACUUAUCAAAAAAAUCUUCAUAAAUAACUACAAAUUGACAACAAUAAACACCUUGACACUAAUUCCGAUGCAACUAUAUUAUUUAAUUAUUCAACCAACACAGCUACUCUAAUUGCAUAUCAGAUGUUAAAUUCCUUCGUAUGUCUUUUGCCUCGCGUGUCCAAAAAAACUCUCAAUUUCUCAAUUUUCUUAUUUAAUAAUUUCUCUUUCUCUCGAUUUUUUUUUGCCGAAUUCGAAAGUCAAUUUAAUUAUGCAAUAAUUUUUUUCGUGGUUUUUUUUUGGUUGCCGCUUUCUGUGAUUGCGUUUGAUAGUUUUUUUAUAAGUUGUAGGAGC